CGAGACACAGAGAGAACGAGAUGGCUACCAGGGCACUGUCAGGGCUGCUGCUGUGUGGGGUUGCUGUGGUCUUCCUGGUACUGCUGCAGGGCGCACAGUCAGUCUACAUCCAGUACCAAGGCUUCCAGGUCCAGCUGGAAUCGGUGAAGAAGCUGAAUGACCUGGAGGGGCAAUGGGUGCCCAGCCCUGGCCUGAAAACCCAGAGGUCCCAGCCCUCCAUGUGCCACUACCCGGCCCUGCCACUGGACCUCCAGCCCAUCUGUGCCUCUGGGGAAGCGGACAGCAUUUUCCAGGCCUUGAGGACCAUCGCUGCUGAUGACUGCGAGCUGUGCGUGAAUGUUGCCUGUACUGGCUGCAGCUAAGAUGGCCUGGGUGCCCUGAGCCCACCCUGGACACCAUGCCCCCCCCCCCACAGCCCACUG